AUGAAAGGAUAUGCUGAAAUUUUGUCUGCCAGUGGUGUUGUUAUUUCUGAUGAUGAAUUGAUAAACUACAUAUUAGACAGACUUGAUUCCGAAUAUGAUGCAGCAGUAGUAAAUGUUACCACUAGGCUUGAAUCCAGAGUUGAUCCUAUAAUAGUUCAAGAAGCACAGAUUUUUUUGCAAAAGUUUGAAUUACGGUUGGAAAAGGCAAAUAGAGCAAUGAAUUCUAUGGUACAUGCUGAAUUUCAUAGUAGCUUAGCAAAUAUUGCUAAUUUGUCUACUGAUAAUGAUGCAAAAAAAAUUACAAGCUCACCUAUAUACACACCCCAACAAACUCAGUUUUUCACACCACAUUUUUCUGGAAACUAUACUGGUGGCAGAGGCAGAGGUCGUGCAGGAGCUAGAAAUAGUUCAUAUGCCAAGUAUGUGGGAAAACAGCUUCAGAAUAAUUUCCAGUCACAGUCUCUCUCAGCUGCUGGUCAUUCUUCAGGCAGUUUGGACACUAAUUUCGGUACUUCACAGAUGCAUAAUCAAGCCUUCAUGGCUCAGUCACAGAAUCAUAGUCGACCUCUUACAGCAAUCAAUUACAUUGCUACUCCAUCCUCAAUCCAAGACACUGCUUGGUACAUGGAUUCUGGUGCAACAGACCAUGUUACCUCUGAUUUUUCCCAACUGACUUCAAGUUCCAACUACAUGGGCAGGGAACAGCUUCAGGACAAGUCUUCCCAAGCCAUUCUUCUGCAAGGAACACUUAAGUUUGGCCUGUAUCAGCUUCAGAGUUCAGCUUGCUCUACUCCUAAGUCUACUACAGUUUUGGUUUCAUCCUUUAAUUCCAUGCCAAGUCAUUGUCUUGCUUCGUUUCCUUGUUAUUCCAAUAAGGAUCCUAGUAAUCCUAUGAAUAAACAACCUGAGUUGUCUUCAGUUCACAAUGAAUGUUACAGCCUUAACCACAAAGGAUAUCAGUGUCUAUCACCUUCUAGCAGAAUAUACAUUUGCCAAAGUGUCACUUUUGAUGAAUCAGAAUUUCCUUUCAAGUCUUUUACUGAAUCAACACCACUUACAUCAAACAAUACCAUGAAUUCAGAGUCUUUUCCUUCUACGUCAGGUCAUCCUAGUUGGUCUAUUCCUGUCUCUACUCUACAAAUUUCAUCCCCAGUCAAUUCAGAAUCUACAUGUCCUACUACACAUGAUCAGUUAAAAACAUCAAUUCUUGCACCUAACACAGUGCCAUCCAUAAAGUCAGUUCCUUCAGCAGUAGGUUCCUUAGCUUUAGACCCUUAUCAGUGCACCUCUACAUCAGCUUUCAGCCUUAAAGUUUCUACUAAAUCCUUGCCUACACCAUCUGAAUUCUUGUCUUCACCAUCAGCACCCACUGACACUACACAAUCUGCUCCAUAUGAUAGUGAUCAAUCCUUUAAUACCAGAACCUUUGCUGAUCCUCUGCCUCUAACUGAACCCUCUGUUCCUUCUACCAUUAAUACUCACCUUAUGGUUACUAGAGCCAAAGCCAAUGCCCAUAACACUACCCUUCUUUCCACUUCUGCACUUGAUACUGUAACUGAAGCACUUACACAUCCUGCUUGGAAGGUUGCUAUGCAGUCAAAAUAUGAUGCUUUGUUGUCUAAUAAAACCUGGGAACUUGUUCCUGCCUCAUCCGAGAUAUAA